CGCUUGAUGCACCCGCAAUAUGCACAAUUAUAUCACUAUUACUCAUAUUUACACCAUUUUGUGAAAGUAAAUCAGGGCAAGGGCAAAUAUAUUGUCACAAACGAAAGAGACAAGAACAGCAUGCCAUCAAAAUCGAAAGGUUUUUGAACCAUGCACAAGGAUUCGCGAAAUAAUAAAGUGGCCAAACCUGAUAAUAAUCACUACGGUCUUUACAUUUCACGAUCAACGAGGUGCGUGUAAGUGUUAUCUUGGCUCAGUUCAGUCAAUGCGAUCGAGCCGUAUGGUUUUGUAGUCAAAAUGGAGUUCCUACCCAAAGACAAGAUCCUCGAGACCAAGCCAGAUACACUGCAGUAUGUUCGCAAAGAGUUUGGAUUGGAAAAACCUGGGAGCAUGAAAGAUGCUGUGGACAUUCUUAACGAAUGGGUGCAGAAACAAUCACAUUUUAAUAAGAAGGAUUUCAAAAGAGCUUAUUUGGAGACCACAAUACUCGGAUGCAAGGGAUCAAUAGAACGCGCCAAGACACAAAUGGACAAAAUUUGCACUAUGAGAACCUUACUGCCACAAUUUUUCGGAGCUUUUAACCCUAAAACUGAUUUCGAGCACUUGUUUAAAGUUACAAAUACAUUACCAUUGCCAAAACUAACGGAGGAACACUGCAGAGUAUUUGUCUGCAAAUUCUACGAUGUAGAGUGGGAAGCUUCGCAGACUUUACACUUCUUUAGGCAUAACAUAGUCCUAGCCGAAUACGCCAAAGUUCGUGACUAUUUAAGUGGAUUCUUCAUAGUCGUAGACUUUACAGACGCGAACUUGAUGGAUUACGUGACGAAACUAAACCUUGUUGAAUUGAGACAGGCCAUGUCAAUCUAUAUUGAAGGCUACGGGAUGAGAAUAAAAGCAAUUCACAUAAUAUCAACAUCAAAAUUCGUAGAAACAUUGGUGACCAUAUUGAAACAAGUAUUAAGUGCUAAAGUGGCUGGUAGGAUCUACGUCCACAAAUGUCAUACGGAUCUUCACAAACACAUAUCCAAAGAAAUACUUCCAAAAGAAUUCGGUGGUGAUGAACGCUCUUUAAAAACCCUUCAAGAGGAAUGGAUUGAGGUGCUUUCAUCGGAGGAUCACUUAAACUACUUGCAAGAUAUGAAUUCAGCCACUACCAAUGAAUCAUGCAGGCUGAAAGACCAAUUUACGGAACAGUACGCUGGAAUGCCAGGAACGUUUAGACUUUUGAGUGUAGAUAAGAUCCUUCAAAUAAGACCAGACACAAUACAAAGUAUUCAAAAAAUGUACAACCUAGAUAAACCGGGGAGCUUAAAAGAAGCUAAAAGAAUAAUGAACGAGUGGAUUCAGAAGCAGCCACAUUUUAAUAAGAAGGAUUUCGAAGAGAGCCCUGAAGAGCCCUUGAAGAGUAUUGUUACUGAAAAUAAGGAGUACUUCUUCAGCUACUCGCUUUUCUUGCCUAAAAUAACUGACGAUCACUACAGGAUAUUUGUUAGCAAAUUUUCCGAUGUCGAUUGGGAAUCUCCACAGGCCAUAUACUUUUUUAGGCAUGUUGCAAUCAUGAUAGAAUACGUCAAAGUUCAUGACUACAUGGGUGGAGCGAUCGUGAUUUUAGACUUUUCGGAGGCCAACGUAAUGAAUUUUUUGAAAAAAUUGAGUCCGGUCCUAGUUCGACAAGCCAUGACUAUCUUCAUGGAGGGCUACGGUAUGAGAAUAAAAGGAAUCCACAUUAUAUCAGAAUCGAAAUUCGUUGAGGGAUUUGUUAUGUUAUUGAAACAAGCGGUUAGCGCUAAAGUGGGUAACCGCAUUAACGUCUAUAGAAGUGUAAAGGAUUUACACGAUUUCAUACCAAAAGCCAUACUUCCUGAAGAAUACGGUGGAGAGGAGCGUUCGCUGAAAACUCUUCUCGAAGAAUCGCUUGACGCGCUUUCGUCAGAAGAACAUUUGAGUUACUUAGAAGAAAUGAAUAAGGCUACAACCAAUGAAUCCUGCCGGCCGAAAGACCAAUUUGUCGAACAAUAUGGUGGAAUGCCGGGCACAUUCAGAUUCUUGAGUUUGAUGUUUUGCUACAAGCACGCCAGUAUAGUUGAAACAUUGGAGCUAAGUACAAGGCUUGUAUUGAAAAUGGAAUUUGUGCCAGUACACAAGAUCCUUCAAGUGAGACCGGAUACAAUGGAAAAUAUUCUUAAAAUGUACAACCUUGACACGAAGAGCUUGAAAGAAGCUAUAAAACUAUUAAAGGAAUGGGUUCAAAAGCAGCCGCACUUUAAUAAGAAGGAUUUCGGUGAUCGCUAUUUGGAGACGGCAAUUAUUGUAUGCAAGGGAUCGAUAGAGCGAGCUAAACUACAAUUGGACAAAAUAUGUACGAUGAGAACGUUGAUGCCUCAAUUUUUCGGAAAAUUUAAUUGUAAAACUGACUUUGAACAAUUGAACGAAAUUAUCUACACGAUUGUGUUGCCCAAAUUAACAGAUGAUGACUACAGGGUAUUUGUCGCCAAAUAUUUCGAUAUCGAUUUUGAAGCUUCAAUGAUCAUGCACUCAUUUAGGCAUAACAUAAUCUUGGGAGAGUACAUUAAAGCUCACGAUUAUUUGACUGGAUUUAUCUUGAUAUUAGAUUUUUCGGAGGUCGACGUGAUGGCGUUUGUAACUAAAACAAGCCCUGUCCUUCUUAGACAAUCUGUCACUAUUUUAAUUGAGGGCUACGGGAUGAGAGUUAAAGGAAUCUACAUAAUAUCAGAAUCAAAAUUCGUCAACGGUUUGGUUGCGUUAAUAAAACAAGUGGUUAACGCCAAAAUAGUUAACCGGAUACACGUCCUUAAAAGUGUUAAGGAUUUACAUGAAUUCAUUCCAAAAGCCAUACUUCCCAUAGAUUAUGGUGGUGAAGAACGUUCACUGAAAACUCUUCAAGAAGAAUGGCUGGACGUACUUUCGUCAGAAGAAUAUUUGAGUUACUUAGAAGAAAUGAAUAAGGCUACAACUAAUGAAUCCUGCCGGCCGAAAGACCAAUUCGUCGAACAAUACGGUGGAAUGCCGGGCACAUUCAGAUUCUUGAGUGUAGAUUAGAAGCUAAAUACAGAACUGAUAAAAGACGUAAACUACCCGGCAAAAAUAUUGCACAUUGAACUUUAAAAAGAGAUAACGAUUUCAUAGAGCAUUGUCUCUGUCGUU